AUGGAGUCCCCGUCGUUUCUUGCUUUCCUGCACCUGUUGCUCUCCCUUCUCCUAGCUCUCCCACUGGCUCAAGCUUCUCCAACGUCCCAAGCACAUGCUCUCCUCCACUGGAAAUCCUCUCUCCGACGCCCAACACCAAGAGCUCUGCGGUCCUGGAACAUUGACACACACAACACCACCACCGCCAGCCCAUGCCACUGGUUUGGGAUCACGUGCACCAAUGGGCUAGUCACCAACGUGAGCGUCCUGCGAGCUGGCCUGGCCGGCACGCUCGACACACUCGACUUCACCGCCCUCCGAUCCCUGACCGUCCUCCGCCUCCGCCGCAACUCGCUCUUCGGCGCCAUCCCCGCCGCCAUCGCCAACCUCUCCAGCCUCGCCGAUCUCGACCUCUCCCACAAUCGCUUCUCCGGCGAGCUCCCUGCCUCACUGGCAGUCCUCUCCGGCCUCGUGAAGCUCGACCUUUCUGCCAACCAAGUGGGUGGCAAACUCUCAUCGGCGGCCCUCGCCAACUGGACCAGGCUGACACACCUACAGCUUCAAUUCAAUCGACUCACUGGAACCAUUCCCGACGAGAUCCGGUACUUAUCCAACCUUCGUGUUCUUCGUCUCUACAAGAAUCGAUUAAGUGGCUCCAUACCACAUCAAGUUGGUGAGCUUACGAACCUGGUUGUGCUAAAUCUGAACACCAAUAACCUGACAGGCUCUAUUCCUCCAUCUAUAGCCAAUCUAACAAAGAUAAACUCCAUCUCUCUCUACCAUAACACUUUGUCUGGUCCCAUUCCUUCUUGCCUUGGAAACUUGUCACAGCUCAAACUCCUGUACCUCCUCAACAACGGCAUCAAUGGUCCAAUUCCUCAUGAAUUCGGCAAUCUGGUCAACAUGGAGGAUCUCAGGCUGUCAGAGAAUCUCUUAACAGGCACCAUCCCUUCUAGUUUAGGGAACCUAACAAAUGUAGAGACUCUGUACAUCUACAUGAACGAGCUAUCUGGGCCAAUACCACCAGUUCUUGGGAGACUGUCCAUGCUUAAAUCUUUGUCAUUGAGCUUUAAUCAACUCUCAGAAACCAUUCCUCAUGCACUAGGAAAUUUGCUGAGCCUGGAAGAUCUGGUAGUCUCCAAGAAUCAGUUAUCUGGUCUGGUUCCCCCAUCUUUUGGCAACCUGACGAGGCUGACAGACCUGGAGAUCUUCCAGAAUCAGCUCUCAGGUUCUUUGCCUCAAGAACUAGCGAACCUCACCAACAUCUCUCAGCUGCAGUUGAGUAGCAACGACUUCUCAGGCCCUUUACCUCCAGAUGUAUGCAAGGGAGGAAAACUCGAGUAUUUCAGCGCGAAUGAAAACCAUUUCGAUGGUCCGAUAUCGAGAAGCUUGAGGAACUGCACCAGUCUGGUAAGGCUUCAACUGAGCAAUAACCAUCUCACAGGUGAUGUCUCCCAAGUCUUUGGAGUGUACCCUAAUCUGGACUUUAUUGAUCUAAGCGACAAUAGAUUCUCCGGCGAACUCUCGACGAACUGGGUCAAGUGUCCAAACUUGGCCACUCUGCACAUGUCAGGCAACAUGAUCACAGGAAGAAUACCUCCCCAGUUUGGCAACAUAACUCAGUUGGCAUCACUUGAUCUAUCUUCUAAUCAGAUAGUUAGAGAGGGAGAAUACCAUCAGAUAUCGGAAACUUGUCUAGCUUAG